AUGUCAGCUAGAACAUUAAGUAACAAAUACAAACUCAUAGUGAAGAAGAGUAAUCAUCUUUCCGCCGAAAACGUGUCGCACUUGAACUCUGAUCAAGUGAGAGUUCAGUUAGAACUAUUAGAACAAGCUUUUGAAAUCUAUAAUAAAGAGUUUGAGCAAUUGAUGUCGACGAUUGAGGAUGAGAAGACUGAGACUCCUUUAGAAGGAUUGGAAGAAGUAAGUGACAUAUAUGCACAGACUAAAUCCAACUUAUUAACACACAUAAAUAGAUCAGAAGAAAACAUUAAUCCAAAAACAUCAACGCAUGAUAGUAAUGCACAUCAACUGAUAAAACUUCCAUCCAUUAAUAUACCUACAUUUGAUGGCAAAUUUGAAGAAUGGUACUUUUACCGUGAUCAAUUUAUGUCAAUAGUUCAUAAUAAUAAAACUAUUGAUGAUGUGCAUAGAAUGUAUUAUUUGAAGACUAGUCUACAAGGACAAGCAGCUGAAGUGAUCUCAACCUUAUCGUCAACUGCUCUAAACUAUGGAGAAGCAUAG